AUGAAAAAAAGAAAAAAAGCAUGAUGGAAUUUUAGCUGCAGUCUUCUUGGUGCCAGCUUAUCAAUCCUAAACUCUGGGUGUAAAAGAUUCUGCAGGGCACUUUCUUAUGCAAGGAGCUAAACAGUGAUUAAAGGAGCAGGAUGAAAAGAUGGCACAAUCAGUGCUGGUACCGCCAGGACCUGACAGCUUCCGCUUCUUUACCAGGGAAUCCCUUGCUGCUAUUGAACAACGCAUUGCAGAAGAGAAAGCUAAGAGACCCAAACAAGAACGCAAGGAUGAAGAUGAUGAAAAUGGCCCAAAGCCAAAUAGUGACUUGGAAGCAGGAAAAUCCCUUCCAUUUAUUUAUGGAGACAUUCCUCCAGAGAUGGUGUCAGAACCCCUGGAGGACCUGGACCCCUACUAUAUCAAUAAGAAAACAUUUAUAGUAUUGAAUAAAGGGAAAGCAAUCUCUCGAUUCAGUGCCACCCCUGCUCUGUACAUUUUAACUCCCUUCAACCCUAUUAGAAAAUUAGCUAUUAAGAUUUUGGUACAUUCUUUAUUCAAUGUGCUCAUUAUGUGCACUAUUCUUACCAACUGUGUAUUUAUGACCAUGAGUAAUCCUCCAGACUGGACAAAGAAUGUGGAGUACACCUUUACAGGAAUUUACACUUUUGAAUCACUUAUAAAAAUACUUGCAAGGGGCUUUUGUUUAGAAGAUUUCACAUUUCUACGGGAUCCAUGGAAUUGGUUGGAUUUCACAGUCAUUACUUUUGCGUAUGUAACAGAAUUUGUAAACCUAGGCAAUGUUUCAGCUCUUCGAACUUUCAGAGUCUUGAGAGCUUUGAAAACUAUUUCUGUAAUUCCAGGCCUGAAGACCAUCGUGGGAGCCCUAAUCCAGUCAGUGAAGAAGCUCUCAGAUGUAAUGAUCCUGACUGUGUUCUGUCUGAGCGUGUUUGCACUAAUAGGAUUACAGCUGUUUAUGGGCAACCUGCGAAACAAAUGUUUGCAAUGGCCCCCAGAUAAUUCUUCCUUUGAAAUAAACAUCACUUCCUUCUUUAAUAACUCAUUGGAUGGGAAUGGUACCACUUUCAAUAGGACAGUGAGCAUGUUUAACUGGGAUGAAUAUAUUGAAGAUAAAAGUCACUUCUAUUUUUUGGAAGGGCAAAAUGAUGCUCUGCUUUGUGGCAACAGCUCAGAUGCAGGCCAGUGUCCAGAAGGAUACAUCUGUGUGAAGGCUGGUAGAAACCCCAACUAUGGCUACACAAGCUUCGACACCUUUAGCUGGGCUUUCUUGUCCUUAUUUCGUCUUAUGACUCAAGACUUCUGGGAAAACCUUUAUCAACUGACAUUACGUGCUGCUGGGAAAACAUACAUGAUAUUUUUUGUGCUAGUCAUUUUCUUGGGCUCAUUCUACCUUAUAAAUUUAAUCCUGGCUGUGGUGGCCAUGGCCUAUGAGGAACAGAAUCAGGCAACGCUGGAAGAGGCUGAACAGAAAGAAGCUGAAUUUCAGCAGAUGCUUGAACAAUUAAAAAAGCAACAAGAAGAAGCUCAGGCAGCAGCUGCAGCAGCAUCUGCUGAAUCAAGAGACUUCAGUGGUGCUGGUGGGAUAGGGGUUUUCUCAGAAAGUUCUUCAGUAGCAUCAAAGUUGAGCUCCAAGAGUGAAAAAGAGCUGAAAAACAGAAGGAAGAAAAAGAAACAGAAAGAACAGUCUGGAGAAGAAGAGAAGGAAGAUGGGGUCCACAAAUCUGAAUCUGAAGACAGCAUAAAAAGAAAAGGUUUCCGUUUUUCCUUAGAAGGAAGCCGGCUGACAUAUGAAAAGAGGUUUUCCUCUCCACACCAGUCUUUAUUGAGCAUCCGUGGCUCCCUUUUCUCUCCAAGACGCAACAGUAGGGCGAGCCUUUUCAGCUUCAGAGGUCGAGCCAAGGAUAUUGGCUCUGAGAAUGACUUUGCCGAUGACGAGCACAGCACCUUCGAAGACAAUGACAGCAGAAGAGACUCUCUGUUUGUGCCGCACAGACACGGGGAGCGGCGCCCCAGCAAUGUCAGCCAGGCCAGCCGCGCCUCCAGGGUGCUCCCCGUUCUGCCCAUGAACGGGAAGAUGCACAGUGCUGUGGAUUGCAACGGCGUGGUCUCCCUGGUCGGGGGCCCUUCUGCCCUCACAUCUCCCGCUGGACAGCUCCUGCCAGAGGGCACAACUACUGAAACGGAAAUAAGAAAGAGACGGUCCAGUUCUUACCAUGUUUCCAUGGAUCUGUUGGAAGAUCCUACAGCAAAGCAAAGAGCAAUGAGUAUGGCUAGUAUUUUGACCAACACCAUGGAAGAACUUGAAGAAUCCAGACAGAAAUGCCCACCCUGCUGGUAUAAAUUUGCUAACAUGUGUUUGAUUUGGGACUGCUGUAAGCCAUGGUUAAAGGUGAAACAUCUCGUCAACUUGAUAGUGAUGGACCCUUUUGUUGACCUGGCCAUCACCAUCUGCAUUGUCUUAAAUACCCUCUUCAUGGCCAUGGAGCACUAUCCCAUGACGGAGCAGUUUAGCAGUGUGCUGUCAGUCGGGAACCUGGUCUUCACUGGGAUCUUCACAGCAGAAAUGUUUCUAAAGAUAAUUGCCAUGGAUCCAUAUUAUUACUUUCAAGAAGGCUGGAAUAUUUUUGAUGGUUUUAUUGUGAGCCUUAGUUUAAUGGAACUUGGUUUGGCAAACGUGGAAGGAUUGUCAGUUCUCCGAUCAUUUCGACUGCUCAGAGUUUUCAAAUUGGCAAAAUCUUGGCCGACUCUGAACAUGUUGAUAAAGAUCAUUGGCAAUUCUGUGGGAGCUCUGGGUAACCUCACCUUGGUGUUGGCCAUCAUCGUCUUCAUUUUUGCCGUGGUUGGCAUGCAGCUCUUUGGUAAGAGCUACAAAGAAUGUGUCUGCAAGAUUUCCAAUGAUUGUGAACUCCCGCGCUGGCACAUGCAUGACUUCUUCCACUCCUUCCUGAUUGUGUUCCGAGUGCUGUGUGGAGAGUGGAUAGAGACCAUGUGGGACUGCAUGGAGGUCGCCGGUCAAACCAUGUGCCUUACUGUCUUCAUGAUGGUCAUGGUCAUUGGAAACCUGGUGGUUCUGAACCUCUUCCUGGCCUUACUCUUGAGUUCAUUCAGUUCUGACAAUCUUGCCGCCACUGAUGAUGAUAAUGAAAUGAAUAAUCUCCAGAUUGCUGUGGGAAGGAUGCAGAAAGGAAUUGAUUAUGUUAAAAGAAAAAUACGUGAAUUUAUUCAGAAAGCCUUUGUUAGAAAGCAGAAAGCUUUAGAUGAAAUUAAACCUCUUGAAGAUCUAAAUAACAAAAAAGACAGCUGUAUUUCCAACCAUACCACCAUAGAAAUAGGCAAAGACCUCAAUUAUCUCAAAGAUGGAAAUGGAACUACCAGUGGCAUAGGCAGCAGUGUAGAAAAAUAUGUUGUGGAUGAAAGUGAUUACAUGUCCUUUAUAAACAACCCCAGCCUCACUGUGACUGUACCAAUUGCUGUCGGAGAAUCUGAUUUUGAAAAUGUAAAUACUGAAGAAUUCAGCAGCGAGUCAGAUAUGGAGGAAAGCAAAGAGAAGCUAAAUGCAACUAGUUCAUCUGAAGGCAGCACUGUUGACAUAGGAGCUCCCGCUGAGGGAGAACAACCUGAGGUUGAACCUGAAGAAUCUCUGGAACCUGAAGCCUGUUUUACGGAAGACUGUGUGCGGAAGUUUAAGUGUUGUCAGAUAAGCAUAGAAGAAGGCAAAGGGAAACUCUGGUGGAACUUGAGAAAAACUUGCUAUAAGAUAGUGGAGCAUAACUGGUUCGAAACCUUCAUUGUCUUCAUGAUUCUACUCAGCAGUGGGGCACUGGCCUUUGAAGAUAUAUAUAUUGAACAGCGAAAAACCAUUAAGACCAUGUUAGAGUAUGCUGACAAAGUUUUCACUUAUAUAUUCAUCCUGGAAAUGCUUCUCAAGUGGGUUGCAUACGGCUUUCAAAUGUAUUUUACCAAUGCCUGGUGCUGGCUAGAUUUCCUGAUUGUCGAUGUCUCAUUGGUUAGCUUAACUGCAAAUGCUUUGGGUUACUCAGAACUUGGUGCCAUCAAAUCCCUCAGAACACUAAGAGCUCUGAGGCCAUUGAGAGCCUUAUCCCGGUUUGAAGGAAUGAGGGUUGUUGUCAAUGCUCUUUUAGGAGCCAUUCCAUCCAUAAUGAAUGUACUUCUGGUUUGUCUGAUCUUUUGGUUAAUAUUCAGUAUCAUGGGAGUGAAUCUCUUUGCUGGCAAGUUUUAUCACUGUAUUAACUACACCACUGGAGAAAUGUUUGAUGUCAGCGUGGUCAACAACUACAGUGAGUGUAAGGCCCUCAUAGACAGCAACCAAACUGCCCGGUGGAAGAAUGUGAAAGUCAAUUUUGAUAAUGUGGGACUCGGGUAUCUUUCUCUACUUCAAGUAGCCACAUUUAAGGGAUGGAUGGAUAUCAUGUAUGCAGCUGUUGAUUCACGAAAUGUAGAAUUACAACCCAAGUAUGAAGACAAUCUGUACAUGUAUCUUUAUUUUGUCAUCUUUAUUAUUUUUGGUUCAUUCUUUACUCUGAAUCUUUUCAUUGGUGUCAUCAUAGAUAACUUCAACCAACAGAAAAAGAAGUUUGGAGGUCAAGACAUUUUUAUGACAGAAGAACAGAAGAAAUACUACAAUGCAAUGAAAAAACUGGGUUCAAAGAAACCACAAAAACCCAUACCUCGACCUGCUAACAAAUUUCAAGGGAUGGUCUUUGAUUUUGUAACCAAACAAGUCUUUGAUAUCAGCAUCAUGAUCCUCAUCUGCCUCAACAUGGUCACCAUGAUGGUGGAAACUGAUGACCAGAGUCAAGAAAUGACAAACAUUCUGUACUGGAUUAAUCUGGUGUUUAUUGUUCUGUUCACUGGAGAAUGUGUGCUGAAACUAAUCUCUCUUCGUUAUUACUAUUUCACCAUAGGAUGGAAUAUUUUUGAUUUUGUGGUGGUCAUUCUCUCCAUUGUAGGUAUGUUUCUGGCUGAGCUGAUAGAGAAAUAUUUUGUGUCCCCUACCCUGUUCCGAGUGAUCCGUCUUGCCAGGAUUGGCCGAAUCCUGCGUCUGAUCAAAGGGGCCAAGGGGAUCCGCACGCUGCUCUUUGCUUUGAUGAUGUCCCUGCCUGCGCUGUUUAACAUCGGCCUCCUGCUCUUCCUGGUCAUGUUCAUCUACGCCAUCUUUGGGAUGUCCAACUUUGCCUAUGUUAAGAGGGAGGUUGGAAUUGAUGACAUGUUCAACUUCGAGACCUUUGGCAACAGCAUGAUCUGCCUGUUCCAGAUUACCACCUCUGCUGGCUGGGAUGGAUUGCUAGCACCUAUUCUUAAUAGUGGACCUCCAGACUGUGACCCUGAAAAAGAUCACCCUGGCAGCUCAGUUAAGGGAGAUUGUGGGAACCCAUCUGUGGGGAUUUUCUUUUUUGUCAGUUAUAUCAUCAUAUCAUUUCUGGUCGUGGUGAACAUGUACAUCGCUGUCAUCCUGGAGAACUUCAGUGUUGCUACUGAAGAAAGUGCAGAGCCCCUGAGUGAGGAUGACUUUGAGAUGUUCUAUGAGGUUUGGGAGAAGUUUGAUCCCGAUGCCACCCAGUUCAUAGAGUUCGCCAAACUCUCUGAUUUUGCGGCUGCCCUGGAUCCUCCUCUUCUCAUAGCAAAACCAAACAAAGUCCAGCUCAUUGCUAUGGAUCUGCCCAUGGUCAGUGGGGACAGGAUCCACUGCCUUGACAUUUUAUUUGCCUUUACAAAGCGUGUUUUGGGUGAGAGUGGAGAGAUGGAUGCCCUUCGAGUACAGAUGGAAGAGAGAUUCAUGGCAUCGAACCCCUCCAAAGUCUCCUAUGAGCCCAUUACAACCACUUUGAAACGCAAACAAGAGGAGGUGUCUGCUAUUGUUAUCCAGAGGGCUUAUAGACGCUACCUCUUGAAGCAAAAAGUUAAAAAAGUUUCAUGUAUAUAUAAGAAGGACAAAGGUAAAGAAGGUGAUGGAACACCCAUCAAAGAAGAUAUCCUCACUGAUAAACUAAAUGAGAAUUCAACUCCAGAGAAGACCGAUGUGACACCUUCUACCACGUCUCCACCUUCCUAUGACAGUGUGACCAAACCAGAAAAAGAAAAAUUUGAAAAAGACAAAUCAGAAAAGGAAGACAAAGGGAAAGAUAUCAGGGAAAGUAAAAAGUAA